CUAGCUGAGGAGUGGGGGGUAGCCAGGCAGAGUGGGGGACGGCCAAUGUCGACAUGUAACACCACCCGGCUGGUGCACUUCAAAAGCCAACCACCAUCAACUCUGCUCUUCAACACCACCCACACACACACAUUCCAUGACCAUUGCUCCAGCCCCCAUCACCAUCACGCCCGUGGUCGACGACUCGCCUGCCACGGUCGAUCAGUACGCCCAGAUCCUCGUGGACGGCUUCGGCCCCGGCCAUGUGUCACAGGUCAUCAACGGCGGACGUGACGACGUCGUGCUCGCGCGUAUGAAGAUGCGGGUGUACGAGGGCGUCAAGGACCUGGAGGUUUACUCUGCAACUGCCGAGGGGGAUGAGCGACCCGGCGCUGUUCUGAUUGUCGCCAAGCCGGGCCUGUUGUGGGGCGAGACCCCCAACGCGGAGAACGAGUACAGCAAGGCAUCGAAGGAGCUUCUCGCCGAUCUGCCGCAGUUCGCCGCCGCCAGCAAGCGGAUCGCCGAAGGCUUCCACGAGCUCGAAGAGCGCGCCUGGGGACCCGACACCACCAAGCCAUUCUACUACAUCACCUACCUGUCCACGACCCCAGCAUUCCAAGGCAAGGGGCUCGGCUCGGCGCUCGUGGAGAAGAUCACAGCGCGCGCCAAGGCAGAGGGCAAGCACGCCGUGUUGAUCACUCAGAACCUUGAGAAUGUUGCGUGGUAUGCCAAGCGCGGGUUCCGUGACGUCGCCAAGACAACGUUCCCCAUCAACGGCGUCGAUUUGACCUUCUGGGCGCUGUCGACUGAGGAGGCGUAGAAACGCGAGGCAGCGUAGACGUUAGACGUUAGACAGACCCGUCCCAGGCUCCACCAGUUGUACCGCAUGCAC